AAUAAAAAUUUAAGUGAUAACCGAAACAGGGAAGUUUUUAUCCAUUGUUUAUGUUUUCUCUACGCCUAAAUGUGUGGUACGUCCAGAACUAAAUGACCAAUUGUAUUACGUACGACCAGUCGUAUUUUAACUAUGAUCACAUAGGUCGUAUGAUAAUUGACAUCCAAAACCCGUUCAUCCUUGCUCAUACAUGGAUACCAAUUUCGCCGAGGUUGAACACAGAGCCAUCGAGUACCUAAACCACAAACAAUGGAGCAACGCGUUUUUCUGUUUCGACCAAUUGCUGGAAAAUGCCGUGGCCAAAAGCCUACCGUCGGAGCGCUUCGUCGGCUACCUUUUGGGACGGUCCCAGUGCAGUCUGGAACUGAAGAAGUAUGAUGAUGUCAUUCACGACUGUCGACACAUCAUAUCCAUGCUGACCGAUGAUGAAAACGCGUACAGCUCACGCGUGCGCCGCAACCUGGUCAACGCAUUAUUUGCAUUAAAGAGAUAUGGUGAGGCCGAACAGGCUGCUCUGGAGUGGGUGGUCAGAUCUGAAAACAGCAGUGAGGCUAAAAAAAUGUUGGAUACCGUGCGUUUAGUAUGGAGCAUGUCAAAAGAAGAUAUUCCAACGCCAGUCCAGACAUUGGAAGAUCAGUUGAACCAAAUCAAUGAAGAUCUGUUAUUUGGAGACAGGUUAGACUCUUGGAUUGCAACUGGAGUCAGGGAACAAAGUAGAAGAAAUAGGAAACAUCCUGUUGAAUUGGUCGAUGAUGAUAAAUUGGGCGGUCAGUUAUUCGAGCCUUCUAGUAAUGAAAAUAAUGGUAUUCAUAAUUUUGAAAGAAAUAUUCAAUUCUUUGAGCGUUUCAAUGGAAUUGGUCAAGAAAAUGGGAUGGCAUAUUCUAAUAUAGCAAAGCAUAAUGGUGAAUCAUAUGAUUUAAGGACAAAUUAUCAUUCAAAAGUCACAGAAGUUUUCCAAGAAUCUAGAAAAGAUAAACAGGCAGAAUUGAAGUUUCCAAAAAAAAAUGAAAUGAGGUAUUCUUGUACAUAUUGUGGUAUAUCAUUCCAUUUAGAAAAUCAACUUCGAGCUCAUUGUGCUACUGAAAACCAUCAAACAGUAAUUAUGUCUGAUGAAGGACGAGAUUGGAAAUGGCGACCACCACCACGUGGUUUUUCUUCGGAAUGUUAUACCUUAUGUGAAGCUUAUUCAGAAGGAGAAGGAACAGAAAAUUCUUGCAAGUAUGGUGCUCAGUGUGUUGAAGCACAUGGUUUGGAAGAAUUGACUGAAUGGAAAGAAAGAUUUGAGUACAGGCGAAUGAAACUACAACGUGCAAGUGAAAAUAAACUGUAUGGAAAAUCUUAUACUGAACAACUAUUAGAAAGAUGGGUUCAGUCAACAAAUCCAGAAAAAAUAAUGCGUGAGAGUUUGGACUGUGUUGUCGAGACUCAUGAUUGUGAUUUAGUAACUACUGUUGAAUCUAAAACUAGUAAUCGUGAAUGGACAUUUGUGUUAGAAACAACUUCAUCUCUUCAAGCAGUUGCUUUACUUCAAGACACUUAUCGUAACCAUUUUUCUUUAAAACAUAUUUUGGUUGACAAUGGUUUACAACAGGUUGCUUUCGAUAUGGAACCACCCAAUGAUCAAGAGUGGGUAUCUCAAGCACAGCAUCCUGUUUCUCAGUCAUUGUCUUCUAAAUUAAGACAUCAAAUUAAGGUUUAUUUUACAACCAAUAUUUAUGGAACCUUUAGACAGGCAGUAGUAUUUGACUUUGGUCUUGGUCCUGUUUUGGUUAAACAUCUUUGCGUAGAUGUUAUACCUGUAACAGACUGUGGUAAAGUUAAAGAAAUUCACAGAGAGUUGAUAUUAUCAUCCAUGGAACGAUGGAAUAUAGCAAAUUCAAACAUUGUGGAGUUUCAAUCAUCGAUAGGGCCUGUUCAAGUGCAGGAUGAUAGAGAAAGAGAGCAAAAAUUAUUAUUGAGUUAUCAAGCACCUUGCCCUUCAACUUUUUCUCUGACUCACACAACAAUUUCAGACAAAAAGCUGACUAAGAACAAUUAUAGAGCAAGAAUUCAUGAACUAUUAUAUGUUGAAGAACUUGCACGUUAUGAACAGGUGGCCCGAUAUAAUUUAACUGCCAAACUUCAACUGGCUAGCUGUUAUUUACUGUCACCUAGUGGUGUUGCAGCAAGUACUGCUAAAUACUCUCAUAAUAAUGAGUUGUUUGCAUUAUUGCAACUUGGAACCGAUGUCUCUGAAGAUACUUCUGCUGGAAGAUUAAUUUUAAAUAAUUGUACUACUGUUUAUCUUUCUCCGUCUAAAGACUCCAAGGCAUCUGAUGAAAAGCGAACUGUUCAUGAAGCACAAAUUGAAGAUAAAGGGAAAAAUGUUAUUUACCUUAGAUUAUCUGCUAAUACAGUUACUGGUCUUGGUCUUAAAGCAGAUACAAAUGUAAAAUUUGAUGUACAGUUUCAAUUAAAUCGAAUACCAUACUGUGAAUGGCAUUAUGCCAUUGAUCAUAUUGCUGAUUUCAAAAUAAUUUUUCCUGAUACAUUUUUGGAACCAAUUAUACCAUGGAGUCCAAAACAACAAUGGGCUGAAAUUAUUGAUAAAAAAUUAAAUGUUAAACAAAAAGAAGCUGUUGUUGCAAUCACAACUCCUACAAAUAUUAGUUUACCUCCAAUACUAAUUAUUGGUCCUUUUGGUACAGGCAAAACUUAUACUUUAGCCCAAGCAAUAAAACAGACAUUAUUACAAGAUAAUACAAAAAUUUUAGUCUGUACACACUCAAAUAGUGCUGCAGAUUUAUAUAUAAAAGAUUAUUUACAUCCAUAUGUUGAAGAUGGGCAUACUGAAGCAAAGCCAUUAAGAAUAUAUUACCAUAAGCGUUGGGUUUCUACUGUUCACAGCACUGUUCAAAAGUAUUGCAUUUUAGAUCAAAAUGGUUCAUUUAGACUACCAACACUUGAAGAAAUCUUAAAUUAUCGUGUAAUAGUAGUAACGCUUAGUAUUUCUAUGUUUUUAUCUUCUGUUGGUUUGAAAAAAGGUCAUUUUACUCAUAUUCUCUUGGAUGAAGCUGCACAGGCUAUGGAAUGUGAAGCCAUUAUGCCAUUGGCACUUGCUAAUACUGAUACUCGAAUUGUUUUAGCUGGAGAUCAUAUGCAGUUGAGUCCAGAAAUUUUUUCCAAAUUUGCCAAGGAAAGAAAUCUUCAUGUUUCUCUGUUAGAACGGCUCUAUGAUCAUUAUCCUGGACAAUUUGCUUGUAAAAUAUUAUUAUGUGAAAAUUACAGAGCACAUGAAGCUAUUAUACAUUUUACCUCAGAAUUGUUUUAUGAACAAAAACUUGUGAGUAAAGGCAAUCAACCACAACAUGAUAGUUUGUAUCCUUUAACAUUUUUUACAACUCGUGGUGAAGACAUACAAGAUAGUAAUUCAACAGCAUUUUACAACAAUGCUGAAGUUUAUGAAGUUGUUGAACGGGUAUCGGAGUUAAGGAAAAAUUGGCCACUAGCAUGGGGAGCAUUUGAUGAACAUUCCAUUGGUAUAAUGACACCUUAUUCAGAUCAAGUGUUUAGGAUUAGAUCAGAACUCCGUAAACGACGUAUGGGUGGUAUAUCUGUUGAAAGAGUACUUAAUGUACAAGGCAAACAAUUUAGAGCAAUAUUUCUUAGUACUGUACGUACUAGACGAACUUGUGUGGCCAAUAAUGUAGGAGGUGGAGAAAAAUCUAAUAGUGGUAUAAACAAGCUUGGCAUGGAUGAUAUGGACUAUGGAUUUUUGUCUAAUUCAAAGUUGUUAAAUACUGCCAUUACCCGUGCACAAAGUCUUGUGGCAGUAGUUGGAGACCCUGUUGCAUUAUGUUCUAUUGGACGAUGUAGAAAAGUUUGGGAGCGGUUCAUCCAAAUUUGUGAUGAAAACCAUAGCCUCAAUGGUAUAACAUGGAUUCAUUUGAGAAAUUUGUUAGACAACCUUGAAUUGAAGAAAACAUAUGUUUUGAAUCCAUUGGCUCCAGAAUUUGUUCCCCGACGUUACCAACAAGAGUCAUACAUUAAGAUACCACAGUCUUUAGCAACUUUUAAUGCUGCUAUACCACCGCCACCUUUAAGGUUUUCUCAACCACCCCCCUUAUUUUCUUCACCUAUAUUCCCAUUCCCUUUAUACAUACCUUCUAUUUCUCAGCCUCCACCUCCUACAUUUAUCUCCUUACGACAACCAAUUAUAAAUCCUUCUCAAAUUUGGCCACUUGGCCCUUUAACAACAUCUAGCACCCCAAAUAUAUUUCCAAGGCCAUUAUUACAACCACCAAUACAAAAAUCAAAUGAAGAAGAAAUAAGACCACCACCUGGGUUAGUGCCUCCACGUAAUCCAAACCUAGUGCAUUUGGUUCAAAAUGGACAUGCUGAUCUUCAAUAUGUGCAAAAUACCAGUGGAGUUACUCCAGUGAACUUGCCCUCUCCAAAUAUGAUUGUGCCAAAUACUAAUUUAAUGGGACUUCAAGAUCAAUUUAACAAAAUAAACAUGUCAUCAAUACAACCAUAUACAAUGCAACAUCCUUCACUAGUGCAACCAUUUAAUAUUAGAACAAUGGUUGAUGUGAACAACAAACAUGCUGAAACUAUAUCAGCGCAACAAACACAACGCAACAAUGAUCGAUCAAUGCUUGAGGGUAUGUUACCGCAUAACAUAAGUAUAGAAGAAAUGAUGAGUUCUCAAACAAAACAAGUAGAGUGGCUGAAAUUCCUUACAGAUAAUGGUGGUGCUCUGAUGGGUCAAAAAUUUAUUGAACUAUUGCGGUCUCAAACACAGUACAAAAAGUCAUCUAUUCAACAACCACCACCAAAUAUACCAUUACAAAUGAAUGUACCACCUCCUGAAAUAGGCAAUAGAGUUCCUGAUGAUUUGUUAAAUAUUUUAAUACAACAACAACAAACUCAAAAACAACAAAUUAAUCAUAAUGGGUUUGGAAAUUCAUCACAGUGUGUAUCACAGGGAGUUCCGCAUUUAGAUAGUGGUGGAACAUCAGAGGAUAUGUAUAAAUCAUUAGGUAAUCAAUAUUCACUUGUUCAGCAACAACAAAAUAUUGAUCAAAUUGAUCGCACACCAUUGUACAAACGACAGGCACAACCACAACCUAAUGGUAACAUUAUGUUACCAAUGAAUGGGGAUCGUCAGGCAUUGUCUCCUCAGUAUCAAGGUAUGUCAACGUAUGCAGAUGCAUGCAGGCAAUCGCCAAUGGCUGAAGAACGGAAAAAUCCUGUAGAUGGACAGUUUGGGAAUGAUCCACAGUGCAAUAAUGCAUUCUAUAAUUUUUUCAAUUGAAUGCUUUUGUAAUAUAUAUUUUUGCCCGUAA